AUGAGGGUCCCCGCUGCCCUCACAGGCUGGGCUUGUGCAGCUCUCUGCCUGGCUUCCUGCUCAACUGCCUUUUCUCAUGGUGCCGGCUCAGUGGCCUGUCAGGACAUGCAGCCCAAGCACUUUCAAGCCCAGCCUCAGAACCCCGGCACACACCACAUCACCAUUCACACCAGCAGAUCUUCCUACUUACCGGGAGACAUCGUUCCAGUGACCGUGAGAAGCAGUCGGGAUUUCAUGGGAUUUCUACUACAGGCUCGAAGAGUCUCUGAUCAUCAAAUAGCUGGCACUUUUGUUUCCAUCCCUCCUCAUUCCAAACCGAUGGCUUGUGUUCAAGAAGCUGACACAGUCACCCACUCUGACAAGUCCCGGAAGAGAAACCUGGCCUUCGAGUGGCAGGCUCCUGCCCAGCCUGUGGGGGAUAUUAGAUUCCUUUUAUCAGUGGUCCAGUCAUAUUUCGUUUACUGGGAGAGGAUUGAAUCCCCUGUGAUGUCUCAACAGACACGCAGCAGAGCGCAUCGUGAUGGCCCUGUGCAGCCCAGCUCACCGAUGCCAACCCCUGGGUGGAGGCCAGAGGGAACGGAAGGAAUCGCCCCAGCUCCCAGUCCCCCCACCACUCUUCCCCAGCAACGUGCAGACAUCUUUGCUGUUGCCCUAACUAGAGCUACAGAGGAGAACAGCUUAGAUUCUUCUCCUGCCAGUUUUUGGGUGAUGGAAUUUCCUGGGGGCACAGAGACUCUGUUGCAAUCAUCUUCACACACAGCUACUGCAAUCAGCAAUGGCCAGCAACCCAGAGGGGACAGCAGCCCAACCCUAGAACCAUCUUUGGAUGUCCGUGGGCUGGAGAGACUCAUGGCUCCUGGGAGAUUCUCCUCAGAGGGCAUUGCUUCCAGCCCUAGCACCUACUUCAGUACUCAGGAUGAUCCAAGCUUUGGUUCAUUGGAAACUUGCUUGCCCUCGGAUAGAGAUGAACAGGACAAGAUGGAAUCCUCUAAUAGGACUGUGAGGAGGUCCCAUCUGUCCACUGUCCAUCUUACCUACCCUCGGCAUUUCUGGUCCUCUGAAGCAUUCACUGGGAGUGAGUCUAGGGCAGCCACCUCAACCCCUGUCUUCCACACUUCUGCCACUUCUAGGCCACCUGCUGCAGGCAGCCAGUCAGAGGCAUCUAGGCCUUCUGCCAGCUUCUUACCUCAGUCGAAGUACAAGGAGCCCAGAGUGGGGGAGGGAAAUGGAAGGGGCAGAGGGGGAUACCCCAGGAAGCCCAACCCAAGGCCUGAGGUUGAGCAAGAGGGACACAGUGCCCCUUUGGGGCUCCAGCUCAGGACUUCCCAGCUGGGAAUCCUGCUUUGCCUUUCAGCCACCUUGGGCAUGGCCCUGGCUGCUGGCCUUCGCUACCUGCGUGCCCAAUAUUGCCACACUCAGACGGAAGUAUCCUUCAGUGAGCCUGCUGGGGAUGCUAUUACCAGCAGCGACGGAGGCGAGACUGUGCAUGUCAGGAAGAUCGGGGAGAACAGUUUUGUUUCAGUUGAAGUGGAAUACAACUGGAUCACUUCCUCUGUGGGUAGUGAGAAAACAGUCCUCUGA